AUGGUGAAGCGCGUCAGUGAUGGAGACGGUCACCAGGACUCCCAUGAUAACUGUCCCGCGGUCAUCAACAGUCCUCAGCUGGACACGGACAAAGACGGAAAAGGAGACGAGUGCGACGACGACGACGACAACGACGGGAUCCCAGACCUGCUCCCCCCUGGACCCGACAACUGCAGACUGGUGCCCAACCCCCUCCAGGAGGACAGGAACGGUGACGGUGUGGGAGACGCCUGUGACAAUGACUUUGAUAACGACACCAUCAUCGACAUCAUUGACGCGUGUCCAGAGAACGCCGAGGUCACGCUCACGGACUUCAGAGAAUAUCAGACCGUGGUCCUGGACCCGGAGGGAGACGCCCAGAUAGACCCCAACUGGGUGGUCCUCAACCAGAGGGGCUCGGCCGCGCUCUGA